UAAAUGUUGUUGUCUUUAUGGUUAACCUAACCUUUCUUGGUUUAUUGUAACGUAACAAAUCUUUGCUAUAGAGUCUGAAAGCUUUUAGGCCUACUAGCCUAGCUGAAAGUGUGAAUGUUCACCAGUGUAAAUUAUAGAGUAGGUAAUGAUCGGAAUAUCAAUACUGAGAUCCACUAUUCUUCAUUGCGCAAGAGGUGUUGGUACAAUCCAUGAUCUGAACAAGCCCAUUAUUAGUUCUCUUUUAUUAAAUCACUGUACAAUUAACUGUUAUUCAAGUUGUAAAUCAAAGAAAAUGAGUGCUGGAGAGCAAAUUUCGACCUCAUCGGACUUCUUUUUCAGACAGUUGUUUGACUCAGAGAGCAGUACCUAUACAUAUCUUUUGGCAGAUGUUAACUCUAAAAUAGCAGUGUUGAUAGACCCAGUCCUUGAGCAAGCAGAGAGAGAUGCACAACUGAUCAAAGAGCUUGGGUUCACUCUAAAAUAUGCUAUGAACACACACCUCCAUGCAGAUCAUAUAACAGGGUCUGGUAGACUGAAGCAGUUGUUGCCGGGCAGCCGCAGUCUGAUUGCUCGAAGCAGCUGUGCCGAGGCUGACAUACAUGUCACUCCUGAGGAUGUCAUACAGUUUGGAUGUCAUUCCCUCUCGGUCAGGUCCACUCCAGGACACACCAACGGUUGUGUUAGUUACGUGAGUGAGAAACAGGGUCUGGUGUUCACGGGAGACGCAGUUCUCGUCCGAGGCUGCGGAAGAACUGACUUUCAGGAAGGUGACGCAGAAACUCUCUACAACUCAGUUCACACACAAAUAUUCACUUUGCCUGAUAACUUCAAGAUAUUUCCAGCUCACGACUACAAAGGGUUCACCUACUCGACCGUGUUGGAAGAGAAGACUUACAAUCCUCGACUGACUAAAUCCAAAGCUGAGUUCAUCAAACUGAUGAACAAUCUUAAUUUGCCAUAUCCUAGGAAAAUAGACGUAGCUGUUCCGGCCAACAAGAAGUGUGGUGUCCAAUAAACACGAGAGUUAGACAGAGCGUGAUUGUGAUUGAAGCUGGAAGUUUAUAACAUAAAAUUAUUUGUGAUUAGAUAUAUUGUUUCAUUACGUUCCAAAUAAUUAUGCAGUUCAAAGAAUAUUGAUAUUAAAGCUUUUGUUUUGUUGUAGUAAAACAUUAAUUGUUAUUUUAUUUCAUAUUUUAUGUGGCGAAGGUGUUUCAACUAAAUGUGAAGCUGUGUAUUAUACCCACUGUGAUAAUCAAUACAAAUCAAAAGAUGCAUGAUAUUUUAUGGUUUUGUGUAAACUAUGUCAGAGCUUUGCUAUAUUUUAAAUACAUUAGGUAUUAGAUCACACAUGCAUUGUAAAUAAUCAAUAUUUCCAUACAUUAUGUUAAAAUAAAGCACAAUAGAGUGUAAUAUAA